UACUAUAAAAGCGUGGACAUCACUCGCGUGCGCGUGAACAGUGGGCGGGUCGGAGGCGCGAGGCACCGCUGGUGAGGUGAUGAAAUACCGUCACUUCACUUCACCUGCUCUAGUUUCCGCAUCCGCAUGGGACAAAACAAGCCCAAUGGCCACACAGUACACAGAUCUAGAAUUGGCCAUAAACACCUUGGUCACAAACUUCCAUUCAGCAUCUCCUACUAAUGCUGACACGCUCACAGCCCAGGAGUUCCAGAGCAUGAUCUCCAAAGAGCUGCCCACCAUGGUGAAGACAGCAGGGGACCAGGAAGGACUCAACAAACUCCUGACGGAGCUGAAUGUGGAAGAGGGCAAGGGUGUCGCAUUCAAGGAUUUUUGGCAGUUGGUUGAUUCUCUGGCCACUGCUCAGUUUGGAUUGCUGAGCAAAGAGAAACAAGUGAAAUGCGUGAAAUGUAGUCUGAUGUAAGACCGGCCCUGAGCAAACAAGACCGAUCAACAUUACGUAGGUGUCCACGACAGCCCUGAGAAAACACAUCAAAUCAGCAGCUUCUAUUUCCCAUCACCCUCCGCAAUACUGUACAUGUCACUCUGUUGGUUUCUUUGGUAUAUUCGCUGAGGUCUUAUCAUAAUUAAGCAUUGUUAUAGAACUUCCUGAAAAAAUACCCAACAAGCCCUUACGACACAGCCCGUGAGUAAUCUCUUUCAUCUGUGUAACCUGAGCCACACCUGCCUGGCCAGUACGAUCUAGUGGCUAAUUUGCUUCCUCAUUUGUUCUGGUGCUGCAGGUUUUUUGUAUUAUUGUGUCACGUCAGGUCACGUUCAACCUGCCCAAUCUUUUCUUUUACAUGCAUAUAAAACUGGAAAUUCUUUAUGUGUUUGAUGUGACAACUGUGAUCAUAUUUGAUUUAACUGUGGGCCACAAGUCUGUUUGUGCAGACUGACAUGCAUUGCAAAAGAGAUAAUGUGAGCAAAAUAUAUUGUAGAGGGAAAUAGAGACAUGACACCACAUAUUCUGUACUGUAGUUAACUUUUUGGUAACAAAAUGUGAUUAUCUGUGUUGAUACUAUUAAAUAUGUGUUAAAGGUU